UGUUUAUUAGCACGCAGCACGUUUGUUAUUAUUUUGAAAAUAUUCUUUGACGAAAUGGCGAAAACUAAACGAAAUGUAAGGGCCAAGGCCAAGAGCAUGGUGGGGGCGGCCAAACAGAAAGCGCAGGAAGUGCAGGCGAAGCUACGCCAGGAGCAGCUGCUCCACAAAACCCUUACGCCCAAAAAGACGACCACCAAGAAGGAGAAGUCGGCGGCCAGGCACAAGAAGCUCCUCAAGCGCUUCGCCGAGACACGAAAGGAGCACAAGGAGGAGGUGGCCCGCAAGAAUCGAGAGAAGACCAAAGUGAUCGGAGACCUGAAGCCCCUUCGGGAUGCCCUGCCCUCUCUGCAAGACAUGUACAAGCUGGUUAGGAUCAAUCAGAAGGAUUCCAGCGAGCAAACAGUGCUCACCCCUCCAGAAACUCAACUCAGUGCCAACGAGAAGAUCCGGAAGAAGCGCAAGGAGCUGGUCAAUCGCGUCAAGUCCUUCGAGAAGCUCAUCAAGGACAAGAACUUUAAAAAGAAUCCCCGCGAAGUCGUUGCUGCCCAUAUGCGCAACAAGUACGAGGCAAUGGAGGAUGAAAAUGAUGAAUAGGGGUCGGGAAAUCUUUUCAAAUAACUGCUACCCGCCUAAAACCACAAUUUUAUAACUUAAUUUUUAUAAGAAAUAUCUUUAAAAUGCAUGUUAUGUAUUGGUACAGAAAAAUUAGUCCAUUAUGUGCCUAAAAACCCUACAAAGAAAUCAUACUCUCAACUAUGAUAUAUAAUUAUAAGGAAAUAUCUUUAAUAUAUAUUUGGGUACACAAGAAAACAAGGAUUUUGUUUUAGUUAC